AUGCUGCAGCUGGGAGACGAAGUCACUCUAUACUCCGUCGUCUUCGUGGUUGUCCUGCUGGGGACCCGGAGCCCGGUGUGGACCACCGUCUUCACCGCCUCCUUCUACCUCUUUCUGGCCAUGUUCCGGUUCCCCCAGGUACCUGCCAGCCGAAUCCAGCAGGUGCUACACCCAGCCAAGGGCGCGGCUGGCUCCGGAAAGGUGUCGGUGGUCGCUCACCGGGGCGGUGGGCACGACGCACCGGAGAACACGAUAGCAGCCAUCCGUGAGGCCAGUAAAAAUGGAGCAACAGGCGUGGAGUUGGACCUGGAGUUCUCAGCAGAUGGCGUCCCAAUUCUGAUGCACGAUGAGACCGUGGACAGGACCACUAACGGGUCGGGCCCGCUCAGCCAGAUGAGACUUUCUGACUUGGGUAAACUGGACGCAGCUGCUAAACAUAGACUCAGGGAGAAAUUUGCCGGAGAGAAGAUCCCAACUCUGGAGGAGGCAGUGGAGGAAUGCAUCAAACUGCAGCUCACCAUCUACUUUGAUGUCAAAGGUCAUCCAGACGAGGCAGCUGCAGCCCUUAAACAACUGUACAAGAAACAUCCAGUCCUGUACAACAGCAGCAUCGUCUGCUCCUUUGAGCCUAAAGUCAUCUACAGGAUGAGACAGAGUGACCCAGAGGUGGUCACAGCGUUGACCCACAGGCCAUGGAGCCUGAGUCGGCUCGGAGAUGGCACCCCGCGUUUCUCGUCACUAUGGAAACACCACUGGAUGACACUAAUGGACAUCGUGUUGGACUUGGCGCACCAUCACGUGCUCUGGAAGCUCUGUGGCAUCUCAGCCUUCCUGAUACAAAAGAACUUUGUUUCACCGGACUAUGUGCAGUACUGGGCCCAGAGAGGGGUGGAGGUGGUAGCCUGGACAGUGAACACAAACGUGGAGAAAGAGUAUUACCAGGAGCUGCUACAAGUCAACUACAUCACAGACAGCCUGAUGGAAGACUGUGAACCUCAUUACUGACAUUCACACGAACCCAGCAGAGCAAACACUCAUUCAACACAUACACACAACAGGAACAUUUCACUACUCAUCAUCCAUAUGUGGCAUGAGGCAAGAGAACGCACAGGAUGCCACUCUUUUAUUUCCAUGCAAAUCUUUGAUCAAAGUGAUCAGACUGGGUGCCAUGCUUAAUACCUAAACACCUAAAGACAUGGUGAGGCACCUGCGUUUAUAGACAUUUUAAUACAAACAUUUUGGUAAUAUGUGUCUAUAAUAGACCUGAAUCAAAUGUACUGUACUCACCAACUCAGGACUGCAGUUAUUGUUUUUUUGUCUUGGUUAUUGUUUCUAUCUUACUAUCUCUGUAUACAGUGGGCUCCAAAGGUCGAUACAUGAAUAUUAUAAUGUCAUGCACUCUCUGUGCUUUUUACUCAGUAAAGGCCAUUAGAAGUAAACUACCUACAAGUGAUUUUUAUCACUUAUGAAAAGUUAAUGCUACUUUAGAACUAAUACAAGUAAACAUUUUAUACAUAUGAGAAAUACACAUAUGGAAGUGAAAUGUAGAAUAGAAUAAGACUGGUAUACAUUGUUGUUUCUGAAAAAGCAGCUUCUGAUCUUUACAUUUUUGAUGGCUGCACAGUGCAGUGUGUGACAGGCUCAGAGUGCAUACAGACACAAUACAAUGUCAUUGUUAUAAAGUUCGGUAGAUCAGUUUUAAAUACUUAUGUAAUUGUAUUUCAGAGAAGUUAUUUGCUUCUAAGUGGUGGACCUCACUGUGUCUGUAGACCAGAUACCAGUGGCUCCGGCACCAUUUUAGCUUCCCCUCUGUCAGUGGAUCUCUAAUCAUAACAAAUAAUCAUUCUCAGCUAUUCAGAUAUUCUCAAGUGCUACUGCCAGGGAACAAGUUAAGGAAUUAGAAUUACUCUUGAGUAUGAUUAAUUAACACGGUACUGUAUGUGGAAACACAGUAGUAUAGUGCAUAGGAACAGUAAGGGAGCAGUAAUGAAAUAGGAAUAAGAAAUUAAGGCGUGAAUGUACAGAGAUUUCAUGAGGCUUUAAAACCGCAAUAAAACUUGAAGAAUUGCGUAAUGAGACACUGACUGCUGAGAUUUGAAUGUCACAGACUGAUUUCUGAACUAUAAGGCAGCUGUACCUCACAUACACUCAAGACAUGACGAACAGUAAAUAGACUGUGUAAAACAGUAAACAGACCUUUCUCGUGGCCGACGUGUUUCAUAGCAGAUGCGACAUCAUGGCCCCAGAACUGGGAAAACUAAAUGGAAUACAGCUCCAGUUAAUGUUUUUAAUUACACCUGAGUUUGAUGAGUUGGAUUCAAUAUCAUUAGUUUUCAAAUUCACAGAAAUAAAUCAUGAAAUUUGAUUUUAUAUGAUUGAAUAUUGUGAUGAACGAUUGAAUGAAUUUAAUAAAAUGCUGCAUAACUCA